AUGCCUCGUUCAGGGAGCGGACCAAGCAACAGGAAUGGCUUGGUCUUCAGGGACCUAUCCUCUGAGAUCAUGUUUGUAAACAAGAUGGACCAUUUCUUCUCGAGCAUGCAUUCGAUGGGGUUGUACUACACUAAGGAGUCGGAGGGCAGCGUUUAUUAUAAUGGGACUGAAAGUGUCACUAUUGGGAAUGCAGUCCCCCUGGGGAAUGCUUCGUUCACAAAUGGCUCAGCUCCCAACCCCGGCCACGACAGCCGUAUCUUCUCCUAUCACCCCUACGUCAGCAUGUAUCAAUACCAAGAUGCUGGAUCCUACGGCCCGGGUGAUCAUCUACAACCCGGGGCGGAUGGAGGCCGUGAUGAAAGGGAACCGCGAAUUCCUGCUCAUCUACUCGGAUAA